AUGCCGCUCUCCAUCAUGCAAGAGCUGAGCAGACCGCCCUCACGUGACCUGGCCACUGCAUCGCCUGAACGGAGGUUAUCACGCGAAAUCACAUACCAGCUUGCCGACACCGCCCGAAGAAAGUCGGGGGAGCGAGUGGUGCGGGAGGACCUGAGGCUCAAACUCAGCCACGACCACAUCCUCGAACUAUUACUACAAGACAUUGCCCGAACAGAGCGAGAACUGCAAACCUCGCCGACAGAGGACAAGUACCUAUCGGAGGAGGAGAGGACGUCAUCGUCGAGACAGGAGCGAAGACGGCAGCCCUCGUCGGAACCUCGAUUCGACGACUAUGGGUUCCCACUAGAGGACGAAGACGUCGAGGAGGACCUAGGUGGAUUGACGUUGAUGCGGACCGAGUCCAGGAGGCCGAGUGGGUGA